AUGGUGGAAACCCCAAGCGAUGUCGAUCUACAUCAACUCCUUGUCCCCUCUUCGUCGAACGAUGUCUCUUCCCAACACCAGGCCAAUUCCGCGUCCUCCGAACCGAGUAGCGAUGCUGGCUCCUUCGUGAUCCCGGACAGCCUCUCCAGAAGCAACUCCGUCUUCUCCUUUUCAAGGGCAUCCUUCAGCAGUCAGAUCGCCAGCCUCACUUCGAUUAAUAUUCCACAAGCCGAGUCUCUUGCCGCCACCGUUAGCACCCUUCCGAGCGCCCGCAAGGCCGUCAGAGCCAUCUCUACUGCCGCCGAGCAGAUACAAUCAUGGAUCAAGAAAGCCUUGAAAGUUUUGGAAAAUCUUGAAGCCGAAGACGACGUGGAAUGGGCUGCGGCUGCUGGGAGGUUGGGUUUGGAUGAAACAGACAAAACUAUAAACAAAUUCGAGUCUUUGAUCAAUAUGUAUGUUCUGUCGAUCGAGGAACUGCAAUCGCGUCCCGACAUUGGCGAUGCAAAUCCCGAAGAUCUCCAGGCUGUGGUGGAACAGAUGGAAUCGGUUUUGGGCGGCUGGGAUGACGUCCGCAAAGACUUGAAAAACGUUCACGAACAGGUGGAGCUCGCCAUGGAAUGGGAGGAGUUGUGGGCGAAAGUCCUCGGAGAUGUGGGUGCAGAGAUGGACGCACUGAGCGCGAUGGUCUUUGAAAUGGAGGAGAAGAGACACACCGCCUAUCAAACACAGACCCACGUUGAGUCAAGUCAAAAUAUCGAUCUGAACGAGCUCGAGAGCUUCAUCGAUGAGCCUUCUCAGAAAAGAACGACGCCGAACUCGCGGUUUAGCAUCCCUUCUUUCGAAUCGUCACCCCUGGGGUCUCCCAUUAUCGAAAAUCCGCAGGACGACUCCAAUUUACUUGCACUCUUCGCUAGGAUGCAACCCCUCAGAGCCUCAUUGGAUUUCCUGCCUAUGAGACUAUCCAUGUUUCAGGCGCGAGCGGAGAAGAUCUUCCCCAUUGCUUGCCGAGAGCUCGAUGACAAGCGGGCGCGGUUGGAAAGAAAUUGGACGGAGUUGUCCAAAGAGGCAGAGACCCUUCGGAGAGAGCUCAGCGAGGAUCGUUGGGUGAUUGUGUUCCGCAACGCCGGCCGGCAAGCUCAGAAAAUGUGCGACUCGGUUGAACGAAGUAUCCUGAAGGUCCAGGAAGCGAUCCACGAGAAUUUUCAGGCGACGAACCCGUCCGCUUUGGCUAAGAGGAUCGAAAGUUUCGAGGCAAAGAAGAUUCACUACAGCCCGGCCAUUCAACGGGUGUUGGGGAUCAUACAAAAAGGUCUCAAGGAUCGUUUGACGGUCAACGGAGAAAUCCUCCGUUUGCACAAGGACUUGUCAUCCAGAUUCCGAGAUCUUACGGAUACGAUGGACGACCUGGAUAGCCUCCUCGAGCCUGUUACCUCGCGGCAGAACUCGAAAUUGCGAGAAUCUAUCUCGAGCAUCGUCUCCGCAGAUCGCUCGUUUACCAGCACCAAUUUUGCUGGCACUCCGGGCAGCUCUCCUCCUUCGUCAGUUGAUCUCCCUCCGCAGCGACACGAGAAGCCUGCGUCGAAAUACGGUCUGAAUGGUCUCAAGCAACAAACGAAUGUCAAUGCUACCCCAGACGCGGCGGCCCACCACGCCAAUGUCGCAUUCGAGCAGUGGUAUUCGGCGUGGAACGUCACCUUUGCCGGGUCCUCCCUCCGUAUACCGUCAAGGCGUCUACACCCCUCCUGUGGUGCCUGCGCCUCGACCAGAGCCGACACCGCGUUCGAAUAA